CCGAGGAGCCCAUGCCCUCCGCGGUAUGCGGUGGAGCCGGUGCCGCGGGUGGCGGGGCUGCCGGCGGGGUUCCGCAGGAGACCCCCUCGGACAUUCACGCCAUGCAGGCCAGGAUACCCCACAGGUUUCGCGAUCCAGCGACGGCGCCCCUCAGGAAACUCAGCGUCGAUCUCAUCAAGACCUACAAGCACAUCAAUGAGGUUUACUAUGCGAAGAAGAAGAGGAGGGCACAGCAAAUGCAAGGGGAAGAUGGCUCGCAUAAGAAAGAGAGGAAACUCUACAACGAUGGCUGGGACGACGAUAAUCAUGAUUAUAUCAUCAAGAAUGGGGAAAAGUUCCUCGAUCGAUACGAGAUCGAUUCUUUAAUAGGUAAAGGCAGUUUUGGCCAAGUAGUGAAAGCAUUCGACCACGAAGAGCAAACGCAAGUGGCAAUAAAAAUCAUCAAGAACAAGAAGCCUUUUCUUAAUCAAGCGCAAAUUGAAGUUAGGCUAUUGGAAAUGAUGAACAGAGCGGAUACCGACAACAAGUAUUAUAUAGUUAAACUGAAGAGGCAUUUUAUGUGGCGAAAUCACUUAUGUCUGGUAUUCGAACUGCUAUCGUAUAAUCUAUAUGACCUACUUAGAAAUACGAAUUUCCGAGGAGUGUCAUUGAACUUGACAAGAAAGUUUGCACAGCAACUGUGUACUGCCCUCUUGUUCCUGUCUACGCCGGAAUUGAACAUCAUUCACUGUGAUCUGAAACCUGAAAACAUCCUUUUGUGCAAUCCCAAACGAAGUGCGAUAAAAAUAGUCGACUUUGGUAGCUCGUGUCAACUUGGACAAAGAAUAUAUCAAUAUAUCCAGUCCAGGUUCUACAGAUCUCCGGAAGUCCUGUUAGGAAUACCUUAUGACCUCGCGAUAGACAUGUGGAGCCUGGGAUGUAUUUUAGUAGAAAUGCACACGGGAGAACCUCUGUUUAGUGGGGCCAACGAGGUCGAUCAAAUGAACAAAAUCGUAGAAGUACUAGGAAUGCCGCCGAAACAUAUACUGGACCAAGCGCACAAGGCGCGGAAGUACUUUGACAAAGUCUCCACGGAUGGCUCAUACGUACUGAAAAAGUCCAAGGAUGGUAAAAAAUACAAACCUCCCGGCACGAGGCGCUUACACGAUAUUUUAGGUGUCGAAAGUGGUGGCCCCGGCGGCAGAAGAAUGGGGGAGCCGGGCCAUUCGAUGUCCGAUUAUCUCAAGUUUAAGGACCUAAUUGUACGAAUGUUGGAUUUCGAUCCGAAGACACGGGUAACACCGUAUUAUGCACUUCAGCACAACUUCUUUAAGAGGACAGCCGAUGAGGGGACCAACACGAACGUCGCUGCUGCCAAUAGCGCGAGCACGAGUCCGGCAGUGGUGUCGAUGAGCCAGGAUCACGGACUGGUAACCAUGUCGGGACAGGGCAGCAGCAGCAGCAGCGGCGGCGGUAGUCUGCAGCAGAUGCAAGCAUCAAGUCUCCCUGGUGGUGGCUAUCAGCCCAUGGACUGUGAGUCCUCGCCCCGUCACACGGGCAGUCGACGUGCCAUAACAACGGGCUACCCAUCAACGUCGGCCACUGGGGUGCCCACGUCCGCCCCGAUGUCCAUGCAAUCCAUGGACAGCUCCCUGAUACAGAGCUCUCUUGGAUCGUACAAUAGCCUAAUUAUUCCUGGUAUACCCCAUCUACCUGCGAUGAUGACCUCACCAAUGAUUCAGCAGCCGAACUUCUACAACUACGGCUACUCAGCUACUGAUACACACGGUAUGGUGAGACAGCCGUCAACGGUGUCGUCCGGUAACCAGCGAGAUCCAGAGAGAGAAGAUAGUCCAAUGGUCGGGGUAUGCGUCCAACAGAGCCCAGUCGCUAUCCACUAAAGUGGCAGAAGGGACAACUGACAGUGGACAAUACAGCUUGUCGCGAACGCAAAACCGUGAAGAAAAUGAAAUAGCUAAUUUACGGAGACGGCAUGCCUUGAAUGAUGUUAUCGUAGCAUUAAUGAAAAAAUGGUAAGAGAACGGAAAAAUGGCAUGUACACAUCUUGAAAGUCGUUCCCCGAUGCUGCUUUCUCACCACAGAGUCAAAAGAAAACAAGAAAAAACAUCACGGUGUCGCGAUUAGCCUUAACUUCGGCAGUGAAUUCAAGAAAUUUUUCGGACACGUUGGUUUGGCUGAACAAUUCUGAAAAAUACAAACGAAAUUUCCCGGAAAAUCCAAGAAAUAACCACAAGUCACAAAGCCCAAAUCUCUCUGUAUAACAAGAGAUCAUAGAAACAAAAAAAAAAAGAUAUAUCCUAAGCUCGGCGGCGUUAACGACUAUAUGAGAAAUUCAACGAGUAGAAGAAACUGCGAUGGAAGGAAAAAGAGAGGAAAAAGUGAGAGGAAACCUCUAUUUCUGUUAUGUUGCUGAAUUUUCAUAUUUUUUAUUAAGCUGACUGGUCCUAUGUUGAAAGUGGGUAUAUGUGUAACACGGAAGAUUGACGAAAGCUUCGAGCAUGGACAGACAGUAAUGGUCUAGUGAGGAUGAACCCAGCUGGCCUCUCGGGUCCUGCCCGAUUUCCACAGACACUUUUAGCAGUUUUUACCAAAAACGGCUAAGCGGAAAACUUUCGGCAACCAAACUGUGUGGCCUAGAGAGCGAAAAAGUGAUAAUUACUAUUAUUACCGCGUAAAAAAAGAUGGAAAAAGUAAGAAUUACCAAUGUAAGCAUGUACUCAAAUAGAGUUUUAUACACAAUGUCACGAAUGUAAACGGUUUAGCAAGUACUUGCGAGCAACAAACAGUCGCGUCGACUGCUAGUUAUUUGUACAAUACACUUAGGUGAAUGAUAAGAGUGCAGCUUUAGGGUUUAGCUUUUAAGUAUGAGGAGGUUUAAAUACACACGUACACAAACAUUGUAAACUCGAAUCUUUUAUUUACUUUAAUGGAAGACAAGAAUGUUGCAAACGUCAGUUUGUUGUCGAACAAGGACUUUAAACAAACGAGGUUUGCGCGGCUUAACAACAAUACAUAUUUAUACAUAAAAAAAAAACAGUAAUAAGAAAGUUAAAAAGCAGCAUACACGUAAGAUCGAGAUCAAGAAUGGUAUAAUCAUACAAAGAACUUAGAUACUUUAUAAUAAACAAUACACGUACUCGCAUACACAUGUUUCCAACGCCAAUCGUCAUUGAUUUUUGCCGUUUUGCCCCGAUGGUCGCUGCGCUUAUGUCAUUCGCACCAAUCGUAAUAUAGCCCUUUUAUUUAUGUAGAGGACUCUACUUUUUUAUUC